AUUGCAAAUGAUAACCUGCAUACAGACAAUGAGCAUGAACUCAGAGGAGAUAAAGAAAGCUAUCUCUGUGCAGUGUGUCUGGAUGUUUAUUUCAAUCCUUACAUGUGCUAUCCAUGCCAUCAUAUCUUUUGUGAACCUUGCUUAAGGAUGCUUGCCAAAGACAAUCCAGCCAGCACCCCAUGUCCACUGUGUCGCACUACAAUUGCCAGAGUCUUUUUCCAAACAGAACUGAACAACUCUACCAAAUCUUUUUUCCCUACGGAAUAUUUGAAGUUAAAAGAAAAUUUUCAAAAAUCGAAUUCUGCAAAAUGGCCUCUGCCAAGCUGCAAGAAAGCCUUCAGAGUUUUUGAAGGUAAAAGUGUUCAUAGGUCUGGGAGGCAUUUCCCACAUGCUGCUCACAGGAUGGACUACAUGGACUUUGAGGAUGAUAGCCGUGGAUGGCGGUUUGAUAUGGACAUGGUGAUAAUCUACAUUUAUUCAGUCAACUGGGUAAUAGGAUUUAUUGUGUUCUGCUUUCUUUGUUAUUUCUUUUUCCCUUUUUAG